AAUUGCCUCAGUUGGUUGAGUCCGGGGUUUCAGCAGAACCAAGAUGGCGGAGGGAGCAGCGACUCGCCGAAGUUGACUUUUAACUCUAAACAUUGAGGCUUGAAGUGCUCCCUGCCUCUGUGCGGACAGCUGCCAGCCGAGGAGUAACACCGGUGAGCCUGAGAUCACUGGCAGAGCCCUCAUGUUGUGACAGUGUCCUGGAGCUGAAGCUUCUCCUCAGAGAGUAGCCGUGGUAGCCCCAGCUGCUAGCUGUAGCGCUAUCCCGGUGGUUGGUGGACUGACGUCUGUCCUAGGAAUCAUCAUCACACGGAUGUGCCAGCACCACAGGGCCAGCAGAGCACGACGGAGAGAAGGCUGAGGCCGCAGGUGUUACCAGCAAUGUUGAGCUGAAGGUGCAGUGACAGUAGAGUGAAAGCCCGACCAGGAGUUUCUUCUGGGAUGUUCAGGCAAGGUGGCAUAAUGGGGUCCCACCCCGAUGCACUGACCGCCAGCACAGACACAUCCUCUGCUGAGACACUACACAAGCUACAAACUACUCUACAGAGAGAUGCACCCGCAUGUAGAGUCACCUGCACAACUGUUUGAAGGGGGGACUGACCCAGGAACAAAAACCUUGGGCUAAACUCGAUAGAUAUUCAAGACAGAGAUCUCCUGUGUUGGUGUUCACUAUUCAAACAAAUUCUAUUUCUCCCUCUUGGAUCUCCCAAUAUUUGUUAUUCCGUCCAUCAUAUAAUCACCUGUCUUCUCCCUUCUUCCUUUCAGUCAUCCAUGAGUGUUUUAGUCUUGCAGAGCUUGAAGUGUAGAGCAGGUAAUGGAUGAUGCUGGCCAUGGUGACCUAGUGUAAAUGGCUAUUCCCCAGCACAGCUUAGUGCCAGUAUCUACAGCUCGAUCUUCCUGCUCCACUCCCCCUUCCUCUCACCCCUACUCCACCUCUCUGCCCUCUUUGCCUGUUCUCCGCUGCUGCUUGCUGCCCUGUCCUGCCUCCCCUUUCCAACAUCAUGGUAGGUGCAGGCUUGGGUGUGUGGAAAUUAAUGCGAGGAGUCCGCCAGCUGGAGCUUCACCGCCUCAUCCUGGCACUAAUCAUCUUCUGCUUGCUGUCCAUGGCCUUCUUAGCUUACUAUGUCUCAAACAGCCCCAAAAUCAAGGAAGCUCCCCCUUUACCCUUUAGUGAUUGUGGUGGAGAAGGAGGGAUGUCACCGGGAACUAGUACUGGGGCUGAUGAAGGAGGGCCAGGUGUGCAGAGGGCACCACUUUUCAUUCCUGUGCAUCAGGGCCGACUGCGACAGGUGAAAGCAGUGGACAAUUCCAGGACAGAGCCUGUUGUUCUGGUCUUUGUAGAGAGCAUCUACUCUCAGCUUGGCCAGGAGAUUGUAGCCAUAUUAGAGUCCAGCCGCUUCCACUACCGGACAGAGAUUGCUCCUGGUAAAGGUGACAUGCCCACAUUGACAGAGCAUAACCGUGGACGUUACACACUUAUCAUCUAUGAAAAUGUGUUGAAAUAUGUCAAUCUGGAUGCAUGGAACCGUGACUUACUGGACAAGUAUUGUGCUGAGUAUGGAGUAGGUGUCAUUGGCUUCUUCAAAGCUAAUGAAAACUCUCUUCUCAGUGCACAGCUUAAAGGGUUUCCCCUCUUUCUACACUCGCAUCUUGGACUCAGGGACUACCGCAUCAAUCCCAGUGCUCCUCUACUCUACAUUACCAAGCCAAAUCAGAUGGAGCAGGGCUCUUUACCAGGAGAUGACUGGACAAUUUUCCAGUCCAACCACUCUACUUAUGAACCAGUACUUCUGGCCAGCACCAAGUCCUCUGAGGCCAUGGCAAAUUUUGGACCCAGCCACCUGCGGGCCCUCCAUGCGACAGUGGUCCAGGACUUAGGGCUACAUGAUGGCAUUCAAAGAGUUCUCUUCGGGAACAAUCUCAACUAUUGGCUCCACAAGCUCGUGUUUGUAGAUGCCAUCGCCUACCUGACAGGGAAGAGACUAUGUUUGUCCUUGGACCGCCACAUCUUGGUGGAUGUGGAUGAUAUCUUUGUCGGCAAGGAGGGAACCCGUAUGAAGGUGUCAGAUGUGGAGGCGUUACUCAACACUCAAAACAAACUGAGAGCACUGGUUCCUAAUUUUACUUUCAACUUGGGUUUUUCUGGAAAGUUUUAUCACACAGGUACUGAUGAGGAGGAUCGGGGUGAUGACAUGCUGCUGCAGCACAGGAUGGACUUCUGGUGGUUUCCUCACAUGUGGAGCCACAUGCAGCCUCACCUUUUUCACAAUGUCAGUGUCUUGGCUGAGCAGAUGAGGCUCAACAAGAUCUUCGCUCAGGAGCAUGGUAUCCCAACAGAUAUGGGCUAUGCCGUGGCUCCACACCAUUCAGGGGUUUACCCAGUUCACAGUCAGCUCUACGAGGCUUGGAAGUCUGUGUGGAGCAUUAAGGUGACCAGUACAGAGGAAUACCCCCAUCUUAGGCCAGCUCGAUACCGCCGUGGCUUCAUCCAUAAUGGAAUCAAGGUAUUGCCCAGGCAGACCUGUGGGCUGUUCACCCAUACGAUUUUCUAUAAUGAAUAUCCAGGUGGCUCGAAGGAGCUGGACAAGAGCAUCAGAGGAGGGGAACUCUUCCUCACUGUCCUCCUGAACCCUAUCAGUAUCUUCAUGACCCACCUGUCUAAUUAUGGCAAUGACCGACUGGGUCUCUACACCUUUGAGUCUUUAGUAAAGUUUGUCCAGUGUUGGACUAACCUCAAGCUGCAGACACUGCCUCCCGUCCAGCUCGCUGAAAAAUACUUUCAGAUCUUUCCUGAGGAGAGAGAUCCACUCUGGCAGAACCCUUGUCAUGACAAGAGACACAAAGAUAUCUGGUCUAAAGAGAAGACCUGUGACCGACUCCCCAAGUUCCUUGUCAUUGGACCACAAAAAACAGGCACUACAGCGCUUCAUUCAUUCCUAAGCCUCCACCCAGCUAUCACUAGUUCCUUCCCAAGUCCCACCACCUACGAGGAGAUCCAGUUCUUCAGUGGAGCAAAUUAUGACAACGGGAUUGACUGGUACAUGGACUUCUUCCCAUUCCCUUCUAAUGUCAGCACAGAUUUCAUGUUUGAGAAGAGUGCUAAUUACUUUGACACAGACGUGGCUCCUAAGAGAGCUGCUGCCCUGCUACCCAGAGCCAAAAUUCUGUCCGUGCUCAUCAACCCAUCAGACAGGGCUUACUCCUGGUACCAGCACCAGAGGGCCCACCAGGACCCUGCAGCCCUCAACAACACUUUCCAUUUAGUGGUGACAGCAAGCCCCUCGGCCCCUAAGGAUCUGCUGGCCCUUCAGAGACGCUGCCUUAACCCUGGGGCCUAUGCUACUCACCUGGAGCGCUGGCUGCAACACUAUCAACCCAACCAGGUGCACAUCGUGGAUGGGGCCCUCCUGCGGUCCAACCCAGCACUAGUGAUGGAGGGAAUCCAGAGAUUCCUUGGUGUCACUCCCAUCUUCAACUACACCCAGGCUCUAAUGUAUGAUGACAGCAAAGGUUUCUGGUGUCAGAGGGUGGAAGGAGGUCGAGCCAAAUGUCUGGGGAAGAGUAAAGGCAGGAAAUACCCAGAGAUGAGUUCUGAGUCACGUGCCUUUUUGGCAGAGUACUAUCGAGAGCAUAACAUGGAGCUGCUACGCCUGCUGAAUCGACUGGGCCAACCGCUGCCGUCCUGGCUCCGCCAAGAACUCCAGAGCACCAGCUGGAGCUGAGGCCAGGAGCUCGCAGACAGACACAUCGCACAGAAACCGGGACUAGAGUCUGUGGAUGAGCCAACACUUGGCUCUGGAUUAGACUGGACUACCUAAUCUGGAAUCUACAGCCGCACACACUAAAAGAGCUGCAAGGUUUUAGCUGAUGUUUCUGAUGCUCCUGUGUGCACCACGAAAGUGUUGGUCCCUGUUGGAGAAGGAUCCCAUUGGACUCCCAACCCCCAACUCCUGAUUUGUUGCCAACCUUGUGCGAGCACUAGGCAGCGGUCAACCUCAUGUUGUGCUUGGGAAGAGUGAGGGCUGACAUUGCACACAUCAGUUUUCUGUGGAUCCAGAGGACUUGAUGGCCAGAAGGUUUGGAGGCAUAAUCAACAGAUUAGAUCGCCUUAAUGUGAGGAUAGAAACUCACAGAGUGAGACCAUGCAAAUGUGGAGUGUAUGAGAGGACGCAGGACUAACAUGCACAAACACACAGACACGCGCACGUCUCAUUUCUCCAAGAGAAUGAUUGUAAAGCAGUUCAUUUUCAAUCUCAAUUGUAUAUGUUUGGUUUGGAGGAAAGGUGGAAAAGUGACAGACAGUCUGUCUGCUGUGUCCUUCUAUCCUCACCGUUUCAGUGUGAGACAUAUUAAAAUGGUUAAGUUGCUAUGACAGGGCAAUGUAAAUACCAGUUUUUGGUUCGGUACAGAUGUGAAGCCCAUAUUCGGUUCAGGCUGUGCCCUCACUAUCAUCUGUCAGUGAGCAACUUCUAAACUCUACUUCACCGUAGCAAUGUGACAUUCUCCAGCUUUAAUUUAAGAUCGCUUACAUUCUUGCUUUUAACCUAGAUACCAUCCAUUUUUUAAUAAAACGAGUGAAGUACACAGCAUACUGUGCUGAGUAAAUGUUAUCG